AUGAAACUGGAAGGCUUUUGGUUGCAUCUGGCACUGCUUGGGGCGUCCCUGCUGGCUGCACUGGGAUGGAUGGACCCAGGAACCGGCAGAGGCCUGAGCCAGGGCAUGAGGGAGUCGCAGGCAGAGGAACCCAGAAGCUUUGAAGUCUCAAGAAGAGAAGGACUUGGCCACGACAGGCUGCCAGCCUCCUGUGGGAAGAAGUUCUGCGGCCGUGGGAGCAGGUGCGUGCUCAGUGGGGAGACGGGGGAGCCCGCGUGCCAGUGCCUGGAGGCCUGCAGGCCCAGCUUCGUGCCCGUGUGUGGCUCCGAUGGGAGACUCUAUGAAAACCACUGCGAGCUGCACCGUGCCGCCUGCCUGCUGCAGAAGGAGAUCGCCGUGGUCCAGAACAAGGCCUGCUUCCUCAAAGGUGACCCUUGCACGAUGGCCGACUACGCCCGCCUGAAGAAGGUCCUUCUGGCCCUGCAGACCCGCCUACGGCCGCUCCAGGAAAAAGACAGCGCGCAAGACCCACCCUCCCGGAAGCGCCUGCUGGUGGAAUCUCUGUUUAAGGACUUGGAUGCUGAUGGCGACGGCCUCCUUGGCAGCUCUGAGCUGGCUCAGCACGACCUCAAGGAGCAGGACCUGGACGAGGACUUCCUGGGGUGCUCGCCUGGCGACCUUCUACGCUUCGAUGACUACAACAGCGAUGGCUCCCUGACGCUCCCCGAGUUCUACACGGCCUUCCAGGUGGUUCAGCUCAGCCUCGCCCCCGAGGAGAGGGUCAGUGUGGCCACGGUGACCGUGGGGAUGAGCACGGUGCUGACCUGCGCCAUCCGCGGGGACCUGCGGCCUCCCAUCGUGUGGAAGCGCAACGGGCUCACCCUGAACUUCCUGGACUUGGAAGACAUCAAUGACUUCGGAGAGGACGACUCCCUCUACAUCACCAAGGUGACCACCAUCCACAUGGGCAACUACACCUGCCACGCCUCGGGCCACGAGGAGCUGUUCCAGACCCACGUCCUGCAGGUGAAUGUGCCCCCCGUCAUCCGCGUCUACCCGGAGAGCCAGGCGCAGGAGCCUGGGGUGGCGGCCAGCCUGCGGUGCCACGCAGAGGGCAUCCCCACGCCCAGAAUCAAAUGGCUGAAGAACGGCAUGGAUGUCUCCACCCAGAUGUCUAAACAGCUCUCCCUUUUAGCCAACGGCAGUGAGCUGCACAUCAGCAGCGUUCGCUACGAAGACACAGGGGCAUACACCUGCAUUGCCAGAAAUGAAGUUGGGGUGGAUGAGGACAUCUCUUCGCUCUUCAUUGAAGACUCGGCGAGAAAGACCCUUGCAAACAUUCUGUGGCGAGAGGAAGGCCUCAGCGUGGGAAACAUGUUCUACGUCUUCUCCGACGACGGCAUCAUCAGCCUCCACCCCGCAGACUGUGAGAUCCAGAGGCACCUCAAGCCCACAGAGAAGAUCUUCAUGAGCUACGAAGAGCUCUGCCCUCGUGGGGAAGGGGACGCUCCCCAGCCAUGCCAGUGGGCAUCGGCAGUGAACGUGCGGAACAGGUACAUCUACGCAGCCCAGCCGGCGCUCAGCAGGGUCCUCGUGGUGGACGUUCAAGCCCAGAAAGUCCUCCAGUCCAUAGGUGUGGACCCUCUGCCCACUAAGCUGUCGUACGACAAGUCGCAUGACCAGGUGUGGGUCCUGAGCUGGGGGGACGUGCACAAGUCCCGGCCCAGUCUCCAGGUGAUCACAGAAGCCAGCGCUGGCCAGGGCCAGCGUCUCCUCCGCACGCCCUUUGCAGGAGUGGAGGAUUUCUUCAUCCCCCCGACAAACCUCAUCAUCAACCACGUCAGGUUUGGCUUCGUCUUUAACCAGUCUGAUCCUGUUGUCCACAAAGUCGACCUGGAAACCUUGAUGCCAGUCAAGACCAUUGGCCUGCAAAGCCACCGCUGCGUGCCCCGGGCCAUGGCCCACAGCCACCUGGGCGGCUACUACUUCGUGCACUGCCGCCAAGACACCCCCUCUCCCGGCGCCCCGCAGCUGCUUCUCGACAGCGUCACGGACUCCGUGGUGGGCCCCAACGGCGACGUCGCCGGCACCCCACACACGUCCCCCGACGGGCGCUUUGUCGUCAGCGCCACUGCCGGCCCCCGACUGUAUGUGCAGGAGAUCACCGUGCGGGGGGAGAUCCAGACCCGCUACGUCCUGCAGGUCGGCCAGGCCGUCUCGGACGUGGCGUUCCAGCACUCCUUCACCGAGGGCGAUCAGUACUACGUCUACGCCUCCCUGCAGGCGGCUCCCGACCUGCUCUUCCUGGAGCUGUCCACGGGGAAGACGAGCCUGCUCAAGGACUUGAAGGAGCCGCCCUCAGGGCCGGGCCAGCCCUGGGGAGGACCCCGCAGGCCGGUGAGGGACAGCGGGCUGUUCGGUCAGUACCUCCUCACGCCGGCCCAGGAGUCGCUGUUCCUCAUCAACGGGAGACAAAACGCACUGCGGUGUGAGGUGUCAGGCGUUAAGGGGGGGACCACGGUGGUGUGGGUGGGCGAGGUAUGAAGGCGUCCCGAGCCGAGCCCCGGGCCAAGGAGCACCGAGUCCCGACACCGCAGCCCCAAGCAGGCGCACUGUACAUUUUUUACGGACAAAAGCAAAAACCUGUAUUCGCUUUAUGGUUCAACACUGGUCUCCUUGCAAGUCUCCUAAUCUAAGGUAUGCGCUGCUAACAAGAUUGGGGUUUUUUCAUUAGGAAGUAUGAUUUAUGCCUUGCGCUACGACGAGAACGCACAGGCCGUGUAAAGGGAUCAUUUCUGUGCCCGGCCCCACGCCAUGUUUCCUGGGAACGCCGUGGAACGAGAGCUCCUGCUCAGCAGGCCGACACUUCUGCCGGUUGCCUUCGCGUCGUCACCCACCGGAACCGCCAGCCCCAGCUGGACCUCCCCGCCGGGAGGGGCCGGCGCCGG